GCUGCCGUCGCCGCAGCUGCAGCUCUUCCGCCGCGUGCUGGGCUCGGCCCAGGUGAACCCAGUCGAGGCCUGGGGGCUCCCGCGGGGCUGGCGGUGCUGCUGACUUGGGGUCCCAGGAGGCCCCGGCGGGGUGGCAGUUCCGGGGGAAGAGGCCCUGCUCUAACCUGGCUCCGUCCCCAGGGCCCCACAGCUCCUGUUACAUGGGGACUUGGGGUCCCUUCACCCCCUAGGGCUGGAUGUGCCCUGCCAAGGCGUCCUGGGCUGUGGCUGCAGGCCCGGAGUGAGCCGGUGGACUCUGCCCCGGGUGAGGAGGAGCUGCAGUGUGGCCGGCCGCCUCCUGCCUUCAGCUGUCAGGUUAUUUUGGUGUAAACUGAAAAUACUCCAGGAACUGGGUUGCGUCCCCCCGGCGGCAGGGUGGGACGGCAGCAGCGGCAGCCCGAGCGUCGCCAGGGAGGCUGGUCUGGCCCAGGGCAGCCCUGCCGGAGCCGGGGCUUCGAGCACCAAGUCCGCGGGCCUGCUGAGCUGGUGGCAGAGAGCGGCCUCUUUGCAGCCGAGGUAGUGGAGGGGCUCGGCCCGUGGACAGGCCUGAGAGCAAGCCCAGGGCCCCCCGGGGACCUCCCUUAGCUUCCCCCCACCCCGGGGCUUGGCUUCUGGCUAGUCGGGGGCCGUCCGUGGGGACAGUUACGUGACCCGGGCAGAGGCCCCGCUGUCUGUUUGCCGAAGGAGGAAAAACAACAAGACUAUUGAUCCAGCCUUACCUUGGCGCGCCUGGCCCGGCGGCUGUUGGCCCUGGCGGCCCGGAGCGGGUUAGGCAAGACCGGUGGGCGUGGGCGAGCGAGGGGGCUGCGGGGCGUCCAGGCCCAGGCCGCAGGCUCGCUGUUCCCAGGAGACAGUGCCGAAGGCGCCCGGCCGGAGAAAACCAAACCAGCGCCACCCAGGGCUGCCCCCGCUUCCCGGGCCGAGGGUCUCGGCAGGCACCCCCUGGGGCCGCGCCUGCUUUGCUGAGCCAGGAAACGCGCUGCGCAGACGCUGCCCCUGACAAACUUUGGAAAGCCAACAUUUUAUUCUUUUAUCAAAUACAACUGGGUAGUUUUGGAAAACCUGCUCCGACCCCAGGGGAGAGGGCAGGCAGGCGUGAUCCCCCCCUCGAGGAAACGGUGCUCCCAGCUCUGCCCUGCCCUGGUGGGGUGGGGUGUCAGUGUGCCGCGCCCGGCCCCCGCCGCCAGCCCCAGAACCAGCUCCUCCCGCGCCCCGGUUCUCGUGUGGCGUCCGUCUGUCCAUCCAGCGGGCAGACCUUGGGUCACGUUCCGACCCCUCGCCCCAGAGCCCCCCAGGGCGCAGCUGGACGGGGACUGACCCUCCCCAUUCCUUCCCCUGUCCCCACAGAGCCGCCAGCUCUCCGCCUCCUGUCCUCGCCGUGCCCACCUCGGCCCCAUGCCCCCGCCAGCCGGCCCCGGGCCACGGGCAGCGAGCAGGCACGCGGGAGCCCAGGCCCUGUGACCAGGCCACGGAGACGGGGGCGCCGGGGUCCCGGUCACCUGCCCCCCCCAUGGAGCUGAGGCCCCGGGUGCUAUGGGUGGUAGCAGCGGCGGGGGUCUUGCUCCUGCUGGUGGCCGAAGCCCGUGGCCAGAAGGUCUUCACCAACACGUGGGCGGUGCAUGUUCCUGGAGGCCCGUCCGUGGCUGACAGCGUGGCCCGCAAGCAUGGCUUCCUCAACCUGGGCCAGAUCUUCGGCGACUAUUACCACUUCUGGCACCGAGCAGUGACGAAGCGGUCCCUGUCACCUCACCGCCUGCGGCACAGCCGGCUGGAGAGGGAGCCUCAAGUCCGGUGGCUGGAGCAGCAGGUGGCGAAGCGGCGGAGCAAGCGGGAUGUGUACCAGGAGCCCACGGACCCCAAGUUCCCCCAGCAGUGGUACCUGUCCGGCGUCGGCCAGCGGGACCUGAACGUGAAGGCGGCCUGGGCGCAGGGCUACACGGGACGCGGCAUCGUGGUCUCCAUCCUGGACGACGGCAUCGAGAAGAACCACCCGGACUUGGCAGGCAAUUAUGAUCCGGGGGCCAGCUUCGACGUCAACGACCAGGACCCCGACCCCCAGCCUCGGUACACGCAGAUGAACGACAACCGGCACGGCACGCGGUGCGCGGGGGAGGUGGCUGCCGUGGCCAACAACGGUGUCUGCGGCGUCGGCGUGGCCUUCAACGCCCGCAUCGGAGGGGUGCGCAUGCUGGACGGCGAGGUUACGGACGCGGUGGAGGCGCGCUCGCUGGGCCUGAACCCCAACCACAUCCACAUCUACAGCGCCAGCUGGGGCCCCGAGGACGACGGCAAGACCGUGGACGGGCCGGCCCGCCUCGCCGAGGAGGCCUUCUUCCGGGGGGUCAGCCAGGGCCGCGGGGGGCUGGGCUCCAUCUUCGUCUGGGCCUCCGGCAACGGCGGCCGGGAGCACGACAGCUGCAACUGCGACGGCUACACCAACAGCAUCUACACGCUGUCCAUCAGCAGCGCCACGCAGCUGGGCAACGUGCCCUGGUACAGCGAGGCCUGCUCGUCCACCCUGGCCACCACCUACAGCAGCGGCGGCCAGAACGAGAAGCAGAUCGUGACCACCGACCUGCGGCAGAAGUGCACGGAGUCCCACACGGGCACCUCGGCCUCCGCGCCCCUGGCUGCCGGCAUCAUCGCCCUCACCCUGGAGGCCAAUAAGAACCUCACCUGGCGGGACAUGCAGCACCUGGUGGUGCAGACCUCGAAGCCGGCCCACCUCAACGCCAAUGACUGGGCCACCAACGGCGUGGGCCGGAAAGUGAGCCACUCGUAUGGCUACGGGCUGUUGGACGCAGGCGCCAUGGUGGCCCUGGCCCGGAACUGGACGACGGUGGCCCCCCAGCGCAAGUGCAUCAUCGACAUCCUCACGGAGCCCCGGGACAUCGGGAAGCGGCUCGAGGUGCGGAAGACAGUGACAGCCUGCCGGGGGGAGCCCAGCCACGUCACCCGGCUGGAGCACGCUCAGGCGCGGCUCACCCUGUCCUACAACCGCCGCGGCGACCUGGCCAUCCACCUGGUCAGCCCCAUGGGCACCCGCUCCACCCUGCUGGCCGCCAGGCCACACGACUACUCCGCGGACGGCUUUAACGACUGGGCCUUCAUGACCACCCACUCCUGGGACGAGGACCCCUCUGGCGAGUGGGUCCUGGAGAUUGAAAACACCAGCGAAGCCAACAACUAUGGAACACUGACCAAAUUCACCCUUGUGCUGUACGGCACGGCCCCCGGGGGGCCGCCCCCACCUCCCGAGAGCAGCGGCUGCAAGACCCUCACGUCCAGCCAGGCCUGUUGUGCGAGGAAGGCUUCUCCCUGCACCGCAAGAGCUGUGUCCAGCACUGCCCCGCGGGCUCCGCCCCCCAGCUCCUGGACACGCACUACAGCACUGAGAACGACGUGGAGACCAUCCGGGCCAGCGUCUGCACCCCCUGCCACAGCUCGUGUGCCACCUGCCGGGGGCCAGCCCCCACAGACUGCCUCAGCUGCCCCAGCCAUGCCUCCCUGGACCCCGUGGAGCAGAUGUGCUCCCGGCAGAGCCAGAGCAGCCGGGAGUCGCCGCCCUCGCGGAACCCCGAGGUGGAGGUCGCGCCCAGGCUGCACACGGGGCUGCUGCCCUCCCACCUGCCCGAGGUGGUGGCCGGCCUCAGCUGCGCCUUCAUCGUGCUGGUCUUCGUCACCAUCUUCCUGGUCCUGCAGCUGCGCUCCGGCUUCAGCUUCCGGGGCGUGAAGGUGUACACCAUGGACCGCGGCCUCGUCUCCUACAAGGGGCUGC